AUGCUUCCUCCAUUUUGGGUAAUUCUUGUACUGUUCACUCCAUUGUUUCUCUCUCUGACUUCAGCCGUUGACUUCCUCUACAACUCCUUCGCCGCCGCCGACACUUCGCCACUUAACCUCACCGACGACGCCCGCCUUGAACCACCAUUUAUCCGCCUGACCAAUGAUUCCAAUCAGUUCUCUCUGGGCCGCGCAUUUUAUCCAUCGAGAAUCCCUUUUAAAUCCAACUCCAAUUCGACUAAUAUCACAACAGUGUUUUCGACACAGUUUGUGUUCUCAGUUUUGCCGGAGAUUUCGUCAAGUCCAGGGUUUGGCCUCGCUUUUGUCCUCUCCGCCUCCACUUCCCCGCCCAACGCGCUGUCGGGCCAGUAUUUUGGGCUUUUUUCUGGCUCCAGAACCCCUACUGUAGCCCCGCUUUUAGCUAUUGAAUUUGAUACGGGUAGAAACCCAGAAUUCAAUGACCCGGAUGGGAAUCAUGUGGGAAUAGACCUUAACAACAUUGAAUCUGUGAUUACACAAACUGCUGGCUACUACACCAAUAAUUCUGGGAAUUUUUCAUUUGUUCCUGUUGCUAUGCGCAAUGGGCAGAAUAUUCAUGCCUGGGUUGAGUUCAAUGGCCCGCGAAAUGAGAUCAAUGUGACCAUAGCGCCGGCCGGUAUGGCUCGGCCUGUCAGGACCAUGUUGUCCUACAGGAAUCCUGCCAUCGCGAAUUAUUGUGUAGCUGAGAUGUUUAUAGGAUUUUCUGCAUCCAAGACGCAGUGGGUUGAGGCGCAGCGAGUGUUGGCUUGGAGUUUUAGUGAUACUGGGGUUGCAAGGGAUAUUAAUACUACGGGAUUACCUGUUUUCUUGUUGGAAAGUUCAGGGUCUUCUUUGUCUCGUGGUGCUAUUGCUGGGAUAGCAGUUGGUAGUUCGGUGGCUUUCGUGAUUGCUUUGGGUUUGUUAUAUUGGUUUUGGCUGAGGAGAAAGGAGGUGGAAGAAAAUGAUAGAGUUGAGGAUUGGGAAAUGGAGUAUUGGCCUCAUAGAUUUUCAUUCGAGGAGCUUAGAGAGGCUACAAAAGGUCUGAAUAGGUGGAUUUUUGAUAAGCCUAAAAAGCUUAUGGAUUGGGAAGGACGAAGGAGAGUUUUGGCUGAUGUUGCUGAGGGCUUGAAUUAUUUACAUCAUGGUUGGGAUCAAGUGGUUGUUCAUAGGGACAUUAAGUCGAGCAAUGUGUUAUUAGAUAGUGAUAUGAGAGGGAGGUUAGGCGAUUUUGGGCUAGCAAAGUUGUAUGCACAUGGUGAGGUGCCUAAUACAACUCGGGUGGUGGGGACAUUCGGGUACUUGGCCCCUGAGGUGGCUACACAGGCUUCUCCGACAGCAGCCGGUGACGUUUAUAGUUUUGGGGUUGUGGUAUUGGAAGUUGCGUGUGGACGGAGGCCGAUACAGACUGCAGUGGAAAGGGAGGAGGAGGAAAAGUAUAUAAAGGGCAGGUUGUUGGAGGCAGCAGAUGAGAGGAUUAAGGGACAGUAUGAAGUGGAGGAGAUGGAGGCAAUAUUGAAAUUGGGGUUGGCUUGUUGUCACCCGAACCCUCUCCAUCGACCUACCAUGGGGGAGGUGGUUGCAAUAUUGAUAGGUGACAAUGUUUCAGUUGCACCGAAAGAUUUGUUGUCUGAAUUGACACCCAUGAGAAGCAAUACCUCCGAAGAUGGUGAAAAUGAAGAACAAUGA